AUGUCUCAUCGCAUCGGGAAGGAGUAUCUGGCGCUUCAAAAGACGCUGCGCGACCCUGCAUACCGCCACGUCUUGGAACUCGCGCCUGAAUCUGACCAAGAUCUGUCGCGCUGGCGGGCCCGCAUCGCAGGACCGCCCGACACACCAUAUGCGGGCCAUGCAUUCACGUUAGUGAUUCAGAUCCCCUCUACCUAUCCAAUGGAACCACCCCAGGUGCGCUUUGAGCCUCGUGCCAUGCCCCAUUGCAACGUCGACUUCGACUCCGGCCGCAUCUGCCUCAACAUCCUCGAAAAGGCUCACUGGUCACCCGCGUGGAACGUCCUGCACGUUGUGCACGCGGUGUGGCUGCUCCUAAGCGAUCCAGUGCCAGACUCACCACUGGAUGUCGACCUGGCUUGCCUCGCCCGCGCCCAGGAUACCGCUGCCCUGGACGGUUUGGUGCGUUACUACUUGGCAGGCGGGUCACGUGGCAUAUCGAGCUCAACAUGA